AUGGCGGACUCCUUGCCUGGCCUUUUCACCCUGUCCGCGGAGCAUUUGGCUGGAUUGUCUUCCACCACCUUCCAACAGGAUCAUCAGCAUUCGGGCUAUCGGGGAUUGAUUCAUGCAGAGAAUGAAACUGGCCUUGGCCAUCGCCAUCCUCCGCAAAGUCGUCAGGAAAUCAAGCAAGAAUCUGGAUUCCUGAAAUUCAGAAGAUUACUUUCUGCGAAUGCAGGGUUGUCAAAUUCUGCAAGGUCUAAAAGGUCGAGAUCAACAGGUUAUCUAGUGAACGUUGACAAGUUUGGAGCCAGGGCUGAUGGAACAGAUGAUACUAAGGCAUUUACCCAAGCUUGGAAGAAGGCAUGUUCUACUCCCAACAGCAUUUUUUUGGUUCCUGCCAGAAAAGUGUAUCAUCUCAAGCCAAUUACAUUUGAGGGUCCCUGCCAAUCUGGUAUUACAAUGAGGAUCCAAGGAACCAUCAGAGCUUCUACACUCAUGUCAGACUAUGAACAAAAUCGAAGGAUUUGGAUUAAGUUUGAGGAGCUCAGAGACUUCAGUGUUGAAGGUGGUGGUGUGAUUAGUGGAAAUGGACAGAUUUGGUGGCCAAAAUCUUGCAAAGUUGACGAAAAACAACCUUGUCUAGGUGCUCCAACGGCCAUGACCUUUGAUAAGUGCACAAAUGUAAAAGUGACAAACCUAAGGAUAAAAAAUGCACAACAAAUGCAUCUAACUUUCCGGGAUUGUACCAAUGUUGAAGCAUCAAAUCUGAAGGUGAAAUCCAAAGGAAGCAGCCCAAACACUGAUGGCAUUCACGUCUCAGGAUCCCGCAAUGUUCAAAUCUUGAACAGUGACAUUGGAACUGGGGAUGAUUGCAUUUCUAUUGUUAGUGGAUCCAAUAAGGUUCGAGCAGUGGGUAUAAAGUGUGGACCAGGCCAUGGAAUCAGCAUUGGUAGCCUGGGGAAAAAUGGUGAUGAGGACCAUGUGUCUGAUAUUUUGGUGAAUACAGCAACAUUUGCAGGAACCACAAAUGGAGUAAGAAUAAAGAGUUGGCAGGGAGGACGCGGAUAUGCAAAGAACAUCGUGUUCGAGAAUAUUGUAAUGCGCAAUGUGACAAAUCCGAUAAUCAUAGAUCAAUUCUAUUGUGACAAAAAGGAAAAGGAUUGCAAAGAGCAGAAGAAUGCUGUACAAGUGAACAGUGUGUCAUACAGGAAUAUAAAAGGAACAAGUGCUACGGAGAAAGGCAUAAUAUUUGAAUGCAGUGCAACUUUUCCUUGUGAAGGCGUUAGGAUGGAAAAUGUACAAUUAACGCACAAGGGACGUAGUAGUCUAGCUGCUUGUAACAAUAUCCAUGUACAACAGAUAGGAAAUAAUACACCACAAUGCAACUAA